AUGGUUGGUCCAAAAGUUAGAUACAAAUUCUGGAUAAUCUCUUGUGCGUUAAUAUUAGUUAUUUCCUUUGUCACUCAACAACAACUAGCUGAUAAAAAUAUUCCUAUACAAAAAGAACGUUUAUUUACAUCUGAUGAACUUCAAUCAUAUACAAAAGAUGAAUUAUAUUUAGCUAUUUUAGGACACGUUUUUAACGUUUCAUCAGCACCGCGAUUUUAUUCAUCGUCGGGAAGUUAUAAAUUCUAUACAGGUCGAGAUGCUUCUCGUAGUUUUCAUACGGGUAAAACAUCCGAUGAAGAUUUAACUGAUGACUUAACUGGAUUAAAUGAUGAAGCAAUUGCUGGAAUAUAUCAAUGGUUAACAUUCUAUGAAAAACAAUAUCCAAAAAUCGGUAAAUUAAUUGGUCGAUAUUUUGAUUCGAAUGGAACACCAACAAAAGAUUUUACUAAUGUUCUUACAUCUGUUAAUAAUAUGAAAAAGAAAGAUGAAGACAAAGCAAGUUUCGAACAAAAAUGGCCACCAUGUAACAGUGAAUGGUCACAUGAUACUGGUCGACGAGUAUGGUGUACAGAAAAAAGUGGUGGAAUCGAACGCGAAUGGAUUGGUGUACCACGACGAUAUUUUGAUAGUUUAACAAAAGUUGAACGAUGUGUUUGUAUAAAAAAUAGUGAUGAACAAGAUGGUCGAUUUAAACAAUAUAAAGAUUGUUCACCAACAAGUGCGGAAUGUCAAAUAUUAGACUAG